AAAUUGACAUUUCAGUUUUGUUUUGAUUGGUUUUAGUAAUUUACGUAAAUUAAUGUGAAAUUUACAUUUGUGAUAUAAUACAUGGCGUGUAUAUUAAGAAGUGUGAUAAAAUCUACUUUGCAAGGAAGGCAAACUGCGUCUAGAUGUGUGAAAGCAGUUAUUCAUAAUGCAGCGGCUAGCAACGCUAUAGCCAAUAUCAAUGACAGUAAAGUCGAAACAAAACCAAAGCUAUUACUUAGUGACUCUUGCAUAAAACGUUUACGUGAAAUUUGCCAAGAUGGUUCAUUUCUGCGUAUUACUGUGGAAGGUGGUGGGUGCUCUGGUUUUCAAUACAAAUUUGAUCUAGACACCAAGAUACAAGAAGACGACCUCCAAUUUGGGGAGGAGAAGGCAAAAGUUGUUAUCGAUAAUGUAUCGUUGGAGUACUGUACUGGCGCUACGGUUGAUUAUCACAUUGAACUAAUACGUUCAGGUUUUAGAAUGAUGGCAAAUCCGCAGGCGGAACAGGGUUGCUCCUGUGGAGCUUCCUUCUCAAUAAAAUUAGACUAAGAAAUUGUAGGCUUACAUUAUACAAGAAGACGACCUCCAAUUUGGGGAGGAGAAAGCAAAAGUUGUUAUCGAUAAUGUAUCGUUGGAGUACUGUACUGGCGCUACGGUUGAUUAUCACAUUGAACUAAUACGUUCAGGUUUUAGAAUGUUGGCAAAUCCGCAGGCGGAACAGGGUUGCUCCUGUGGAGCUUCCUUCUCAAUAAAAUUAGACUAAGAAAUUGUAGGCUUACAUUGUUAGUGUUAUAAAUUUACAUAAACUUAAAAAGAAAUUAAAUAAUUUUAUUUCUAUAUUAAAUAUAUAUAUAUAUG